AUGACCCCCCCAUCGUUUUACGUCAACACAGAGGGGCACAAGCUGGGACGGUCCGGUACGCUUGACCUCCUCGAAAUCCACGUCCUCCCACUGUGGGAAACAUUCAUUGUCGACGUCUUCACCUUGAAACAUGCAGCAUUCGAUACUUCAUUUGGAGGCAACUCCCUCAGAGUCUUGUUGCAAUCCCCGUCUGUGUCGAAAGUUUUCUUCGAUGUGCGCAACGACUCAGAUGCCUUGUUCAGUCACUACAAGAUUAUCCUUGACGGUGUGGUCGACCUCCAACUGAUGGAGUUCUUCCGUGGAGGGCGCACAGGUCUGAGCCUGAGAAGCCUCAAACGUUGCAUUCAACGUGACGGUGGACUAAAUUCUGAUCAAUUCCGACAAUGGGCACAAGUAAAAGGAGAAGUUGACCAUUCAUCCCGAGAGGCUGGCCUGGACGAUUUGCCCCUCCACAAACGGCCUCUGCUGGCAAACUUGCUGCUUUAUGCUACAGGAGACGUCGUGCAUCUUCCCUUGUUGUAUCGGGCGUACCGCCAAAAGCUGUCAAAGCAAGCAUGGGGUCAAGUCCAGUCAGAAACUGAGAAGGGACUUAGGCAGUCGAGACAGCCCGAGUAUGACCCACAUGCCAGAGGAAAAGAAAGAGGACUAGCUCGACUCCCUAUACAUGGGAACGCUCUGAAUAUCGCAACCGAUGGACCCGGAGAGGCGAACGCCACCUUGGACCAACCAGAAGUCAAGAGACCCAGGAACAAAAGUACCCUGAAGCCUCAGCUAGCUUCCCAUCAGAGAAAACCAGCUAGGCCGGCAGUGAGAAACAUGGAAAUCAACAGCAGCUUCAGCAUCAUGGCUCGCUUACACACAUUGUCCUUGGCAGUUGACCCAUGCGAAAGCUCUGCCCAAGCAAGCGAGGUAAGUGAGAUUGCCACCCAUUUAUGA